AUGGUUGCUGCUGCUGGUCUUGCUGGAAGUUUUUGGGUUAAUUCAUGCGCCAACACUGCCGCGGUUGCCACUCCAGGGUGCUGGUAUGCAGCUGCUGGGAUUUGUGUUGUUGGAGGAAUUGGGACUGCGUUGACAGCGGCUGCGGGUGCUAACUUGGGCAAUGCUAAACGAGACAAUGCAGUUGGAGGUGUUUACAGGCACGGGUAUUUGGGGAAAUACCAUCUUGAUGAACACUUGAAGACAAUAAUAUUGAACCAAGUGAAUGACGCAUUGUUGUCUAUACCUGGUGUAAGUGAUGUCAGGUCAUUUCAUAUAGCUGACUUGGAUGCUAGAAGCUUCGGUGACAAGAGAGACGUAACAGUAGAUGACACUACAGCCAAUGCAAAUGUAAUUAUAUGGACUUCUAUCCAUGGCAACCAUGCAGCAUUGUACACUUCUGGUGUCAAGAAUAUUACUGACUUCGCCCAUUAUAUUCGCCAUUCGCAACCAGUGCCCGCCAACACCGAAACCACUGACAGGUAUCACAACUCCACCAGUGUUGUCAACAAGAGAGUCAGACGCGGACAGAACUACUUUGAUGUCAACUACGUCGGAAUUGGGAUAACGCCAACCACGACCUAG